UUCCUAGUAGGCCCACGCACGACACGCCGGGGCCGUUUUGCCUCUCGCCGCCGGUGACCGGAGUUGAGCCCGAGCCCCCUCCCCGUCCGGCGGCGGGCGGCCUCCGUCAUCUUGAACCUGCCUGCGCUGCUGCACAGCGGCGCGCCAUGUAAGCAGCCAAGCAGGCCCGCAUGAUCCUUCGCUGCGGCCCGUUCAUGGCCAUCGCCCCUCGCUCCCUCACCGCCGCGGCCGUCGCGGCGGCCGUUCGCCGGGGGGACCUCGCCGGAGCGGAGGAGGCGUUUUCUUCGACGCCGCGGAAGACCACGGCCACCUACAACUGCCUCCUCGCCGGGUACGCCAGGGCGCCCGGCCGCCUCGCGGACGCCCGCCAACUGUUCGACCGAAUCCCGACCCCGGACGCCGUCUCCUACAACACUCUCCUCUCGUGCCACUUCGCCAACGGCGACGUCGAUGGCGCCCGGAGGCUCUUCUCCGCGAUGCCGGUCAGGGACGUCGCGUCCUGGAACACCAUGGUGUCGGGGCUGUCCAGGAGCGGGGCCGUGGAGGAGGCCAAGGCAGUGUUCCUGGCGAUGCCGGUGAGGAACUCCGUUUCUUGGAAUGCUAUGGUUUCUGGGUUCGCCUGCACUGGGGACAUGACGGCGGCGGAGGAGUGGUUCAGGAAUGCGCCAGAGAAGGGGGACACCGUUCUGUGGACUGCGAUGGUGUCGGGGUACAUGGAUGCUGGCAAUGUGGUGAAGGCCAUCGAAUACUUUGAGGCAAUGCCAGUGAGGAACCUGGUUUCAUGGAAUGCUGUGGUUGCGGGGUAUGUGAAGAAUUCACAAGCAGAUGAUGCUUUGAGGCUGUUCAGGACCAUGGUCAGGGAUGCCAAUGUGCAGCCAAAUGCGUCGACAUUAAGCAGCGUGCUCCUUGGUUGCAGUAACUUGUCUGCACUUGGAUUUGGUCAGCAGAUUCACCAGCGAUGUAUGAAGCUGCCAUUGAUUAGGAACUUGACUGUGGGUACGUCACUUGUGAGCAUGUAUUGCAAGUGUGGGGACUUGAGUAGUGCAUGCAAGCUGUUUGGUGAGAUGCGUACAAGGGAUGUGGUUGCAUGGAAUGCUAUGAUAUCUGGCUAUGCUCAGCAUGGGGAUGGGAAGGAAGCUAUCCAUUUAUUUGAACGAAUGAAUGACGAAGGAGUUGAGCCCAACUGGAUUACUUUUGUGGCAGUAUUGACAGCUUGUAUCCACACUGGUUUGUGUGAUUUUGGAAUACAGUGUUUCAAGGGAAUGCAGGAAUUGUAUGGAAUUAAGCCCCGGGUUGAUCAUUACUCAUGCAUGGUGGAUCUUCUCUGCAGAGCUGGUAGGCUUGAAAGAGCUGUGGACUUGAUCCGCUCAAUGCCCUUUGAACCACAUCCUUCUGCCUAUGGAACCCUGUUGUCUGCUUGUAGAGUUUAUAAGAAUUUGGAGUUUGCGGAGCUUGCAGCUGGAAAACUGAUUGAAAAGGAUCCACAGAACGCAGGUGCCUAUGUACAGCUUGCAAAUAUUUAUGCUGUUGCAAAUCGGUGGAAUGAUGUCUCUAGAGUAAGGAGGUGGAUGAAGGAUAAUGCAAUUGUGAAAACACCUGGGUAUAGCUGGAUAGAGAUAAAGGGUGUGAUGCAUGAGUUCAGAUCAAAUGACAGAGUGCACCAUCAGAUUCAUUUGAUCCAUGAAAAGUUGGGACAGUUAGAGGAGCGGAUUAAGGCAAUGGGUUAUGUUCCAGAUCUUGAUUUUGCCCUGCAUGAUGUUGAUGACAGCCUGAAGGUGCAGAUGCUAAUGAGGCACAGCGAGAAGCUUGCUAUUGCUUUUGGUCUGAUCAGUACUGCUCCUGGGAUGACCUUGAGGAUUUUCAAGAAUCUCAGGGUCUGUGGAGAUUGCCACAAUGCAGCCAAGAUCAUCUCUAAGGUCGAGAAUCGAGAGAUCAUUUUGAGGGACACUACACGUUUCCACCAUUUUAAGGGAGGGCAUUGCUCAUGUGGUGAUUACUGGUGAAGAACGCCGAUAACAACAGAUACAUGCUGGCAACUUUUGUAGGGAUUGAUUCAACCCUAUUUAGUCUGUAACAGGGAGAAAUGCUGAUCAUUGUAUACAGGAAGGAUUCAACAGCCAACACUGUGAGCAGUUUACCAUGAUGAUUUGUCCAUGAUAUUAUUUUCAACAAAGUUUGUGCUUUCCAGACCAUAGUGCUAGAGUACAAAUCAAAAACCCAACUAUUUGGAAGAAUUGAUGAGGUGCAUUAUUUAUGACAUAUAGGUAGUAGCGAGUUGGGGAAGUGUAUGUUCCAAGUCCCAACACCACCAUACAGGAGUAGCUGCAAUUUUGGAUUCCUAGAGUUGUGAUUUUCUAGAAUAGUAAAUGACAUGGGUGAAUCUUGAGGGCUUGAGUUUCUGGUCAGGUAUCACAAUUAAUUCAGCUGUGAUCUGUAAAUCUGAAGUUCUUGACUUUGCUGACCUGCAUUCCUGCCUGCUGACAGAAGAAUUUUGUUCAGCUGUCCAAUGGCUUUAACAAGUUGGAUAAAACAGGGCUGAUCAAGUGAUCAGUGCCCAAAUAUGAACGGCAAAUUAUGUGGCCUUCCUUAGCCCCUCAUUGAUUCCUCAAGAAAUAAUCAACCGAGUCUUUUUCUGCUUCAUAUGGCGAGACUUUUCAAGAUGCCGAUGGCAGGCAAGAAGACUGAGAUCUCUGAACAAUGCAGACUCGUGAAUCAAAAGAUUAAGCAUCAUCACCUGCAGAGUAGAGGAGCUAAAAGCUAUCAGUAUCAUUGCAUCAACUUCACACAGUAUUCAGCUAUUCAGGAAGCUGGGGAUACCGUAAGGUUUGUAGCUCUCUCUUUAUUUUCUUCAUAUUAGUAUUUUGCUGAAUGCAUGUA